GGGUCGUUUUCUGUAUUGAUUAGACAUAGAACAAUAGUCAUUGUCUGUGAUUAGAAGUUGUCAGUUUGACAAGUACAAUUCUUAUAAGAAAAUUUGGCUAAAAUGUCUUUCGCGGAUAAAUUCACUCAGCUUAUGCAGCGCCCCGGAGAUGCCCCAUCCGGGAAAGAAGACGUCCCAUGGACGUUGAAAUAUGCUGGCAGGGGACUUGGAACAGUGGGUAGUUUGAUGGCCAUACUUAUGGGUCUGCUGAAUUGUCCAGGAAUCAUACUUGGUAAAGUGUGGUGCUUUCUGGGUGGUGUCUUCCUGGUAUUAGUUUCUUUUAUAGUCAUAUGUUGUGAAGCUCCCUGUUGUUGUAUGUUUAUUGAUCACGUCCAGAGAUUUAGUGAGGUUGUUGACAAUAGACCUUACUGGAAUAGAGCUGCAGCUUAUUGUUGUUUGGCCAUUUUGCCAUUACUUAUAUGCCAAGAAUUGAGCUUAUUUUUUGGAUGUGCUCUCAUUUUCGGUACUGGAGUAAUAUACGGAAUGAUGGCUCUUGGUAGAAAAGCAACUGCUGAAGAAAUGAGAGCAGCUGCAGCCAUGGAGGCUGCUCAGCCAAGCAAACCACCAGUUUCAAUGCGUGAUAACCUGGUUACCCACGCUCAACCGAUGGCCACUGCCCAACCAAUCGGUUUUCUGCCUACUCCCUUCGACAGUAACGUCUGAUUUAAGUUGUUCACCAGAAACAGUGUACCUAUAGUGUAUUGUUAUUUUCAAGACCACUCAUUGGGACAUAGUACCAGAAGUUAUCGAGAAUUUACAUGAAAUUUCUGCCAAAUUUAUCAAUAUCCAGUUUUGUUAGUCAAUUCCUGAGGUUGGAGUGAUUAAUUGUGGUUUGGUUGGUUUUCAACUUCAACAGUAUCAUUUUAACGUAUCAAAUUGAAAGACUUUUUUUAAAUACUGACUCUUGUGAAGUCAUGCAUAUAGUUUUAAAUGUUAUCUAAUACAAUAAGUUUAAAUGUGAAUAUUGUAGAGGUUUGAGCAGAGAUAUGGUAUUGCAGGUCUUAGGCCUUUGAUGGAUUGCUACCAAAGGAUUAUAUAAAAUUAUAGACAAAAUAUGAGGGCUAGGAAAGUAGAACAAAGUAUAAUUCAUUCAAGAAGUGCGAAGGAUUUAUCAAUUAUUUAACAACUUUCAUGUUUUCAUCCCACUUAAGGUGACUUUUUUGUUUCAGAUUUAAACUGUUCUAAUUUGAUUCUAUUUUGAAUUAUGCUCAAUUUCCUUCAAUUUUGAGGUCUGAAUUACUGUAUAGUUUUUUAUAUAUUCUAAUCCAUACAACUUCUAACCCAUAUUAUUGAUACUUCAUCUUAAAUGUGCUUUGUAAUUUCUUGAAAUCAGCUUAGUGUCAAACUCGUGUUAUUCAGUCAAGCUCAAACAGCUGUACAACAUGUUAUGGACUUGUAUAGACUAUUGAAACUUAAGAUUUCCAGCUUGUUAGUGUUUCAUCUGAUAAUCAAAGAAUUCCAUUUUUAUGAAAGUAUUUAUAGAUAUUAUACUUAAAUUUGACUGUUAUUUUUUAUUUGAUUUGUGAUAUAAGUUAAUGUUUAUUAUGAAUUGUCUUGUUUCUGAAAUUACAUCUUAAAUAAAAAAUUUUGAUAAGAA